AUGAUGCAAAAGGCAAGACUUAAUGGCGUGUCCGAAUAUGAAUGUUUAGAAGACGAUCUCCGUCAGAUCCCUGAAGAUCAGCCGCUGCUCAGAUCCCCCUCCACCCACCCAAACACCAACCCUCAACAUGGACUUGCCAUCAUAACUUGCAGUGCCUUGGUAUUAUUUAUUGCCGCUGCAGUCAACGGCCUAGUCACCCUCAAUAUCACACAAUUUUCAUCCGAGUUCGGAUUAGACCCCGGAGUUGAAUUAUGGCCAAUGUCACUGUACUAUCUCGCUCAAGGCUGCACAUUCCUACUAGCAGGGUCUUUAGCAGACGUCCUAGGCAGCAGGAAGGCAUUUCUGUCCGGAUGCUUUCUACAGACUGUUUGCUAUCUGGCUAGUGGACAGGCCCGGACCGGCGCGCAGCUUAUUGCUGUUAGAUUUGUGUCCGGCAUGGCUUACCCAAUGUGUUUCGUUUCUGCAAUGAACAUCCACAGGGAGAAUCUUGCAAUUGGGAAGCUACGCAAUUUGGCGUUUUCCUGUACGAGUGCAAGUCAAUAUGUUGGCUCUGGGGUAGGCAUCGUCCUUAGUGGAGUGCUCUCGGAGACUGCUGGUUGGCGAUGGGGCUUUCAUUGUGCCGGAAUUUUGAGCCUAUUUGGCUUUCUCCUGUCAAUUUGGACGAUCCCUCGACAGGCCCAAGACCCAAAAUAUAUCCCAUGGACAGAACUGCUUGAAGAUAUCGAUUGGUCUGGAACUCUGCUGGCUAGUACAUUAAUGGCGCUCCUGUUAUCUGCGUUGGCGUACGUAUCCCAUCUCAGCGACGGUCUAUAUUUUCAGGACGCUGAUAAAAUGAUAACUAGUGUCAUCACAAACAAUGUGGCAAACAUUGGCAGAUCCGGUCUCUUCGUUCCUCUUGCUCUCGGUUGGAUCCUCCUGGUUGCUUUCCUUUUCUGGCAGGAUUGCUGGGAAAGAGACACCACAUAUCGGAUCCAAGAUUCUCUUUGGACAAACUCCCAUUUCCUUUCCAUCGGUCUGGUAAUAUUCUUCGUCCACGCCUCUUCUCACUCUACGUCGCAGCUUAUGAUCUUCGUAUUCCAACGAGCACAAGCGCUCUCGGUUCUACAAUCAUCUUGGCAAUAUCUGGCAAUCCCAAUCACCGGCGCGCUGAGCAGUCGGCUUACUGGACACUUUUUAUCCCGUGUUGAAGCCAACCGGAUCCUCGUCAUUGCACUAGUGCUCUCUAGUCUCUCCCCACUAUUGAUGGCUAUGUUGAGCCCAGCUUGGCUUUACUGGAGAUAUGCAAUGCCGGCCGCUUUCUUGAACUCGGUGGCAUCAAAUUCAGUCAUCCCUAUUGCCGCAAUGAUGAUAGCCGGGUCUUUUCCUUCGGAGACUCAAGGCCUUGCAAUGGGAGUGCUAUGCACUGUGGCAAUGAUUGGCGCCUCCGUAGGCAUGGCACUGACUGCACUUAUCUCAAACGAUGUCAGCACACAGCUACUCCAGACCCCCGACCAGAGGACUUCUUUGCUUGAAUCCCCAGAGAUAUGGAUGAGCGGCUAUCGGACAGCAUUCUGGUUCUUGUUCUCACUGAACUUGGUCGGCUUGGCCAUCGCUCUUGGCUGCUUGCGAAAACUUGGAUACUUGGGUCGAAAAUUACAUAUAAGCCAUUAA